AUGAUCCCGACACGGGAUGGUACCGAGAUUGAGAUUAAGUUGUACAUGGCCAAAAAUAAGAGUCCUGGCUCUUCAAUGGUUAUACGCUACCAUGGCGGUGGGUGGGUUGUUGGUGGGCAUUGCACUGAACAGCCCGAAAAUCUCAUGAUUGCUGCUUGGACGAAUUCAGUGGUGGUCAGUGUCGACUACAGACAAGCGCCCGAGCAUAGGUUUCCGUAUGCACUCAACGACUGCUUCGAUGCACUAAUAUGGGUAACUAAUGUCAUGCAGUGCCGCGAUAAUGCUGCUUCCAUCGGUGCUGAUGCAUCCAAGAUAAUUCUCAACGGAAGUAGUGCUGGUGGAAAUCUAGCCAGUGUUGUCGCUCUCAUGGCCCGAGACGAAGGAUUCCAGGGUAUCGUAGCCCAGAUACUCUCAUUCCCAGUAACUUGCCAUCCCAAGUUCUUUCCAAAAGAAGCGUACGAGAUGGGCAGCUACCAGCAAAACUGCAAUGAUAGCGUUGUGACUGCUGCCCGUAUGGAAUGGUUUUGGGACUUGUAUGUGCCAGAGCCUAAAGACAACUGGCGCUACUCACCGUUGCUUGCGCAGUCCCUGAAAGAUUUACCACCAGCGUUAAUUGUGGCUGCGGGAUGCGAUAUUCAUCGGGACGAGGCAAUUGCCUACGCAGAGAAGUUGCAACAAGAGGGUGUUGAUACAGACUUAAAGGUGUACAAAGGAAUGCCGCAUUGUUUCUAUAUGCUUCAAACGCAUCCACAGACAGCAGACUACUAUAAAAGAAUUAUAGAGUUUGUUAAGAAAUUCUCUGGCUAA